CGAACAGAUCCUCAUUGUGAUCACUCGCGUCGCGAGGUCGGCAGGGUGUGCACGCGUUACGUUGUAAAAUAUUUCCACGUUAUUCAUUUAUUCUUACGGUCUUCUCUUUUGCCGACAGCUCGUGGGUGUGUACUUACAUCGUGUCUCACGACUUGAUUCAGCAAUUAAAGAAACAGAAGAAUAAAGAAGAAAUAGAAGAGCAAUAAGAGAGAAUAGAAGAGAAGAGAAAAGAAACUCGACCAGUUAAUAAUUUUCUCUACGAUCAUGGCCGGAUAUGCUUGGGUAACAUUGGCCACAAACGAUGCCUAUUCUCUGGGAGCAUUGGUAUUGGCCCAUUCUUUGCGUCGAGUCGGCACCAAAUAUGAGCUAGCAGUUUUGGUUACUCCAGGAGUAACGAAUAUGAUGAGAGAAAAAUUGGCAGCGGUAUUCUCCUUGGUACAGGAAGUAAAUGUUCUCGAUUCGAAAGACGAAGCUAAUCUGGCACUUUUGGCAAGGCCAGAGUUGGGUAUCACAUUCACGAAAUUACAUUGUUGGAGGCUAACUCAAUACGAGAAAUGCGUUUUUGUAGAUGCCGAUACACUUGUCGUAAGAAAUUGCGACGAGCUGUUCGAACGUGAAGAAUUAUCGGCCGCGCCCGACGUCGGCUGGCCCGACUGUUUUAAUUCGGGUGUAUUUGUAUUCAGGCCGUCCCAACAAACAUUCGCUUCCAUUACUUCGUUCGCAGCAUCUAAGGGUUCCUUUGAUGGGGGCGAUCAAGGCUUAUUAAAUAUGUACUUCAAUGAUUGGGCACGAAAGGACAUAUCUAAACAUUUACCAUUCAUCUAUAAUAUGUGUUCUACGGCGGCGUACUCUUAUCUUCCCGCUUUUAAACAAUUUGGGGAUGACGUUAGAAUAAUACACUUCAUUGGGAUCACGAAACCAUGGUUACAGUAUUUCGAUACGAUGACUGGUAUCGUACAACCGCCAGCAGGCUUAAAUCAUUUGCAACCGUUACUGCAAUUAUGGUGGAAUAUCUUUUGUGACAAAGUGCAUUCACAGUUAUCACCCGUUAUGGCCACCAGCACAUUGGCACCAUUUUGGCACGAUAUUACUCCUUUACCUGUCGUAUCCUUUCUUCCAAACGAUCCCGUUUACAAUGAGACGAACUAUGAAUCGUACAGUGACGUUUGCCUAAAAACACCAGACUUCUCGGAAUUUAAAGAUCCUUGGGAAAAUUAUUCUUUGAAAGAUGAAAUGUUCAUGGAUAAGAAUAAAGGGAGCAUAGAAAAUGUUCACUAUUUUUACGAUAACAAUGAAAUGUCCGAAUCUAUGGAUCAUAAUUACCGCCAGCCAUCUUAUCAAGAUCCAAAUCAAUUUCAUUCUGUUAAUUACAAUGAAUUUUCGGCCCAUCCACAUAACGUAGAGUUUCAUAAAAAAGAGGAGAACGUACCGUUCAUCGAGCAUAAGAAACAAGAAGAGUUUGCGUAUUCGUAUUCGAAAGAUAAUUAUGUAGAUAAUCAUUCUGCAAAGUCGCAAGAGUAUCACUGGCAAAGUGAUCAACAUCAGUAUCAUUAUCAAGACACGUCUCAUGUGCACACGAAUGUGCAUCGGCAUGUUCACGAUCAUCGUCACGAGAAAGAGCAUCAUUUCGAGCAUCGAUAUGAAACUAAUGAGAACGAUCAAAAAUUAACAUCUGAUAACAAUCGUCACGUCGAUUUUCAUAUUGUAAGAGAAACAUCAGAUAGUUCUAAUAAUAAUAAUCAUGAUCAUCGUCAACACGCAUAUCAUAUUAAUCAACACCAAGAAUCUAAUACCUCACAUCACCACCACCACCACCACCACCACCACCACCACCACCAUCAACAACAACAACAACAGCAACAACAGCAGCAGCAACAACAACAACAAUAUCAUUAUCAGGAGCAAAAAGAUCAUAAUCAGGAAGAACAAAAAGAAAGACAUUAUCAAAGUAAUAUACAGCAAACGACAGACUUUAUUCAACCUAGUCAUGACAGUACACAUAAUAGUGAACAUAAGACUUCUGAGACAAUAUAUAUCGAACAGAAUAAUUAUCCUAGUAAUAUCAUAGAUAAACAGACCGACGAACAGAAAUUGACAUCCCAUCCCUCCUCCGAACCCUGUACAGAUCUCCACAAUGUAGCAACGCAAUCUGACCUGAAUUUAACAGGACAUCUAGACAGUUCAAAUGCUGGUCUUGCUGGUGCAUUAGCUCAAAUGACAUUGGGUGAACCAAGAAGUGCAGAACAAAUCGCUUUAGAGGAACACAUGAGGAAACAAAGUUGGGAACAAGGUCAAAUUGAUUAUAUGGGUCGUGACAGUUUUGAUAAUAUAUGGAAAAAAAUUUGUGAAACGCUUUCUCUUGCUCCAAGCCAACCUAAGACAACUACUGAAGAUGAGAUCGAAAAUGAAAAAACAGAAGAACUGGAUGCAACUAAAAAAGCGAGUACUGAUUUAAUGCCUAAAUCUUUAGGCAGUGAUGAUAUUAAUAGCCUAGCAGCUGAAACAACUAGUGAUCUGAGCGUAAAACAAUCUUUGAUCUGUAAAUUUCCUAAGGAUGAUAUUUCGCAACAAGAAUCUAUUGAUACAUCUCAAAUAAUUACAAAAGAUGAAUCCGUUAAUAUUGAUAUACAACAAAGUUCCGCUGUACAUGAAGAAGUUGAUUCGAAAAAAGUAUUGGUUGACACAGAUUCUAAAGAACAAUUAUCACAAUCAGAAAAAGAAAAUGUUUCUGAAGCAGAUGCAGAAUUACCUCUAAUACAAACCACUAAAGAAAUCUGCGCAGAAACAACUACAGACUUAAUCUCCUCAUCUUCUGAUCAAACGAAGAUUGUAAAAGAAACUGUAUUAAUAGAUCCAAUAGAAGAUACGACUGUUACAGAAGAAUUUGAUAGAAAAGCAGUUCAAGAGGAAAAAGUUGAUAUUCAAACGUCUGUGGACAAAGUAGAAGAAUUGAGUGUUGAACAAGAUACAAAAUGUUCUUCCGCAUGUGCUUCUGAAAUUAUACUUACUAAUCCUGUACCCAUACAAGUUGCAGAAUCUGUUUUACAAACAGAGCCAAAAGAAUCUGUUUCGCAAGAUCUAAAACUAAUAACAGAAGAAGUUAUUUCCUCUACAAUUGCACCACUUCAAGAGUCUGUUGUAGCUUUUUCCGAAACACCAGUUGAAUUAACUGAUAGAACACAAUUAUGCGAUCCGACUUUACUAGUAUCCUCCAACGAAGCUGCUAAUAUAAUAGAUCCAAAUACAACUUCGAGCAUAAGUCAAAAUGGAGAUACUGUUGUUAAUGGGUCUACGAUUAAAUUGGACGAAAGUGAGUCAUUAUUAGCACGAUCUGUAAUUAAGCAGGUAGUAGAAGAAAUUCAAAGUCCACAGAAAGAAGAAAGCCAAUCACAAAAGACUGAAACGUUAAGUGAACAGUCGAAUGUAACAGAGAGUUCACAAAUUAAACAAGAAGAAGAAGAAAAAGAAAGAACUGAAACUGUUGAAACAAAAAAAGAAACAGAAGAUCUAAGUGCUGUAACAGAAUCAAAAGUAGAACAAUCAGAAGAUACGCAAAUAGUUGAGGGAGCUGCAACAGUAGUGGAAACAUUGGAAUCUUCUUUGGAGUCUACGCCAAUAGAAUGUCCAAUUAGGCCUACUAGAACUAAAGAAAUAUCUAUUCCUUCUACACCGACUGUAACAGAACCUACUCCUCCAACUAGUCCUGUAGAUGCCAGUACGCAGGAUGUAGAAAGUCAAGGAAAGACUGUUAAAAAAUCUACAAAAAAGGUUACUAAAAAAUCAACCUCAGAAAGCGAUUCAGCAGAUCGAGCUGAUACUGAGGCUGCUGAAAAGAAGACUGCAAAAAAAGUGGUUAAGAAGGUUGUGAAGAAGCCAAAAGAAAGUCAGGAAGAAGGCGGAGAAAGCUCUAGCUCUACUGAUAAACCUAAAAAGACUGCAAAAAGCACAAAGAAAAUUACAAAACCUUUACAAAGUUUAGAAACUGAUGCAUCUAUUCCUGAAACACCACCGCCUGGUAGUUCUGAUGCACCAAUUCCCCCAAAGAGAAAAGUUAAAGCUUCUACAUCCAAUAAACCUGCAUCUACUGCUUCUAAAUCUGAUACAGGAUCAUGAUCGGUAUAACAAAUUGACAAUAAUGUUUUGAAAUAUUUGCAGAAUUAUAUGCUAAAUAUGGCAUUCUAUAAACUAAAAGGGGUGAUAAUCGCUAGUCUAUUAUGAUUUUUGAUAUUUUUAAAAAAUUAUAAUCUCUAACAAAAAUCGAAACACCUGAUGCUGUAUACCUUAAAAUUACUACCUAUCAAUACAUUUAUUUGUUAUGCUUUGCGUCUAUUUAUACAUUGUAUUACUCAUCUCUCUCUUUUUUUUUUUUUUGUUUUUCCAAGGAAUAUUAUUUACUACAGAAUGAAAAAUACAGCAUUUGCUUUUUGUAGUUCACCUCUAUCUAUUUUGUUAAGGUCUAAUAAUUUGUAAUUAUUAUUUGAUUACAAACUUUUUAUUAUUAUUAUUAUUUUUAUUAUUAUUAUUAUUAUUAAUAUUAUUAUUAUUAUUAUUAUUAUUAUUAUUAUUAUUAUUAUUAUUAUUAUUUUCUAAAUGAAUAUUUUAUAUUCACAAUCAGUUUUGAUAUCCAAAAGAUAUAUUUUGCUAGUUGCGAUUCAUUGUAAUGUUCAUAACAUAAACAUGUAAGCCAAAUUAAAUAAUGAUCAAUCGCAAGAAUGUUAAACAACGAAUAAUGUUUGUUGUAUUUUUUUAACUAGUCGAACAGCUUACAGAUGAUAUUUUCUUAUUAACACUGUACAUGAUAUUCUCAAUUAUGAAUAGUUAUGCACAGAAAACAUUGUAUCACAAUGUUCUUGUUAAUAUUUAUAUAUAUGUGUAUAUAUAUAUAUAUAUAUAUAUAUAUAUAUAUAUAUAUAUUCAUAAUCUAAUAACGUCAUUAUAUAUUCAUUGCAUUGCAUCAUCUUAUAUUCAUGUUACCAAAUGAAUCAAGAAUGAAUUGUAUUUAACUAAUUAAAAUAUUUUUAUUGAAAUUUGAAGUAAUGUAUAUUUAUAUGUUAUUGCUCUAACUCAAUAAAGAAUCCAUCAAAAAUCAA